AUGCUCAUUUUAUUCCAUCUCGUCCCUUUGCAAAGUUUGAGUUCUCGUUCUUCCUUUUCGUUUAACCUAACACCCGCCACUGUAAUUCAACAACACCGCUGGUUCGCAUCUCUUCUUCACCAUCCUUCUUCCUUCUACGGUAUAAAGGUUUACGAUCUUGAGACUGAUCGAUUUGUCCUAUUGGAAGAAGCUUCGGAGCCUAGUGUUGAACUUCUGAAGGUGAGAAGUGAGGAAAAGGAACUUGGCGGCCGGGGAAUGGUGAUCUCAAGUAGCAAUCCCCAAUAUAAGGAGAUAGCCAUCAGGAGGAGGAUUGCUAGCAUAUUCAAUAAACGGGAAGAUGAUUUUACGACUUUGAAAGAGUACAAUGAUUACUUGGAGGAAGUUGAAGACAUGACGUUUAACUUGGUUGAAGGAAUAGAUGUUGCUGCUAUCGAAGAACAUAUUGCUAAAUACCAAGAAGAAAAUUCAGAACAAAUAAUGAUUAAUCGAGCCCGAAAGGCUGAAGAAUUAGCUGCAGCUAUGGCAGCAAUCAAGGCACAACCUGCCGAAAUUGAUAAUGAGGAUGCCAUCCAAAAUUCGCAAGCCGGGUUUGGUACUGUUCCUCAGGGGCAAUAUGCACCUACAAUUGCAGGAGGACAACCUAGACCUACAGGCAUGAUGGGACCACAACCUUUACCUCUUGGUGGAAGUGACGGUGGCUACAUAGUUGAGAACGAGGAAACAUUUAGGCGGAGAGCAAGAGCUGGAGGGUGGAGUAAAGAAAUAUGCAGGAAGAGAGCUUUUGAAGAAGCUUUUGGAAGCAUUUGGGUUUCAUAG